AUGUCUAUCAGAAAGGGAGGUGAAAAUUUGAGGAAAUAUGCAGAGAUAGGUGUAGAAGACCUUAAUCAAAUUGUGAGCAGUAUGUUUAAAGACAGACCUAAUUUGGGUAGUGUCAGCACCCAAACGAUUGAGAACGACAACGAAAUUUCGAGUCCUUUCGUUCUUGAAAAAAUAAUGACACCUCGCCGCGUGAUUGACGCUCUUUGUAGUGCUGCGGUCAUCACACCUAUCGUUGAUCUCGAUAAAAGUAAUGCUGAAAGACGUUCUCGAAUUUGUGCUAGUGCGCUAGAAAAUUUCAAACGUAACAUUCUCAGCAGUGAAAAUGACUCGUCACUAGAACUGAAAUCAAGUGACUAUUCUGAGUUGAUGAAAGCUGUCAAACAAAAAAUUAAAUCGACUGAGAAACGAGGUCAAAAAUUAUCACUCUUAACUCUUGCUCCCGCAAGUUGGACACAUCGACAAACAAGUGAUUAUUUUGAUGUGAGUGAAUAUGCUGCUGCCCAGGCAAGUGAAUUAAAGACUCAAUCUGGAAUUUUAGCGUACCCAGCUGCUAAAACAGCGUCACGUCGGAUGUCAAAUGAUGACAAACAGCGCAUCAUCGAUUUUUACACAUCAGAUGAAUACAGUCGACAGCUCCCUGGCAUGAAAAAUGUGAAAAGUGUGAAACAACCAAAUGGCAAAAGACUUAAAAUACAAAAACGUUUGCUUCUAGUCAACGUAGAUGAACUACAUUCUGAUUAUAAAAAGAAGUAUAAAAACAUCGACGGAAUAAAAACAUUCGGCCUUUCCGCAUUUGCUGACCUCAGACCGAAACAUGUCAUUACUGUUGGGUCCAGUGGUUCGCAUUCAGUUUGUGUUUGUAUAUACCAUCAGAAUGUAAAACUCAUGUUAUCCGCUAUUGGACUUGGAGAAGAGCGCCAUUUAUUGAUGGAUAAAGUUGUUUGCUCGGUCUACAACAAAACGUGUAUGGUGACUCGCUGCCCAAGUUGCCCUAAAUCGGAAGCGCUGGAAUCAUCCUUAGAAGAUUUAAUCGGGCUGAAGGUUGGCUUGGCUGAAGAAUGCUGA